AUGUUCACUUUUUUUUGGGAGAGAGAGAAGUGACCUGGGCCAUGUUGAAAGCUCCAAACAACGGAUUUGACAUGGCCUCAGCCCAUUUUCACUAGGAGUCCUCCUCGGGCUACCUUUCCGCCCGAAAUAAAAUGGCCCACAGAGAGAUUGAACGCAGAAGAAACGAGAAACAGAAAGAAUGGUGCUCUGGUCAUACCCGCCGACGCCGAGGCAACUGGCGGUGACAAUCGGCUGCGUCGUCACUGGCGCUUCACUUAUUGCCACCGGGGCUUACCUUUCCCUGGCCAAUAUUGCUCCCCAACAAGCUCGUGCUAAGGCCCGUAGCCAGUAUAUCAAAAACCGCUUGAGAAAGAUGCUAGACGACUGAUCAAUACAAAACCUAAGGAAUUGGAUUGUGAAAUUUUAACAAUGUGGGGAUACAGGAUGCUAACUGGAAUGGUGGAGUUGGAAAAGGUUUUCCUAAUGUUAGGCUUGAAUAUAUUGGCAUUUUCUAUUGCAAAGACAUUUUGGUGUCUAUUUUAGUGGAGAAAAAUGUUGUUCUUAGCAUUCUUGCAGCUAGGUAGUAUCUGAAUGGUCUUAGUGUUGCUGCCAUGCAAUGCCAUACUUGUGGCCGGCACCAGACCUCUAAUUGUUAUGAAGUUAAGGUUUGCUUAUUGGUUUUAUUACAUCAGGAUGAAAUAAAUGAUAUCUGGAACU